UCUCUCUCCAAACACCACACCCAGUAAUAAUCUUCAGAUGGAGAUGAAACUAGAUUUUGUUUUGGGUUUGAAGUAGAGAACAUUGAAACAAGAAUUCUUGUGUUGUAUUUCUGGUUUUGUUUUUUUUUUUGUUUUUGUGUUUUUUGUCUUUUUGGGUGUGCUUUAAUGGCUGACAACAGCUAUGAUGACCCUGUAGCUUCAAGCCUACUGUGUGCAGAGACGAAUAGCCCGUGGUUUAAUGAUUCUGAUUCUCCGGCAAAGGAUGAGGCUGCAGCCCAAGAAUCCAAUGGUGAUAAAGGCUUGAUCUUUGGGGGAGGAAGAUCAGAGCCAUUGAUGGAGGUGCCCAGUCUGAGUGAGGAAAGCUUUAGUUUCAUGGUGGAGAGGGAGAGCCACCAUUUGCCCAGAGAUGGGUAUCUGAAGAGAUUGAGAGGUGGGGACUUAGAGUUGAGUUUGAGAACAGAGGCCAUUGACUGGAUUUGGAAGGUUCAUUCCCAUUGUGGGUUUGGAGACACUAGUCUGUGCCUAUCCAUAAGUUACUUGGAUCGGUUUCUCUCCAUGUAUGAAAUAGCAGAGGCAAAAAGCAGGAAUUGGGCUGUGCAGUUGUUGGCUUUGGGCUGUUUAUCGUUAGCUGCCAAAAUGGAGGAGAUCAAUGUGCCAUUGGCGGCGGACAUACAGGUGGGGGGUUACAGGUUUAUGUUUGAUGGCAAAACAGUACAAAGAAUGGAGCUUCUGAUAUUGACAAAUUUGCAGUGGAGAAUGCAGGCAUACACUCCAUGCACUUUCUUGGACCAUUUUCUGAGAAAGAUUAAUGGUGAUAAUAAACUCCCACCACCAGACCUCAUCUCUAAAUCAAUACACAUCGUUUUAGGCACCAUGAAAGGAAUUGAUUUCUUGGAAUUCCGGCCAUCUGAAGUUGCAGCGGCAGUAGCAAUGUCUGUUUCUGGGGACACACAAACCGCAGGGGAAGUCAUAUUUAAGGCACAAGUACUACACAAGGAGAGAGUGUUGAAGUGUGUUGAUCUGAUUAGAGAUUUGAGGAUAGCUGCAAAUCUCAAUGUGGGAAGAAGAAGAAGAAGAGUGCCUCCCAGUCCAAAUGGGGUGCUGGAAGCUGCAUGCUUCAGCUACAAAAGUGAUGACCCAGACACUAAAAGGAGGAGAUUGGACUCACCAGACACUACAGACAAGAAGAAGAAGAAUUAAAAGAGCAACCAAAAACCCAAAAAAAAAAGUUGGGAGCUUUGAAAAAGUUAUCAAUUUAAGACAAAAAAGAUGGAGUAAGAAGGGAGGGGAGCUGCUUUUAGCAUGAAAAGAAUUGGACCAGCUGUUAGUAAAUAAUCCUUAGUUGUCAACAACUAUAGUAAAUAGGUAAGAAGCUGAGAUGGGAAGAAUGGGUAUUUUGGUAAUUGGGAUUUGGGAGAGCAAUUUCUUGUGGUACAAAAAGGGUCAUUUAUUAUUUUCCUUAAAACUUUUUUUUACUUUUUAAAAAUC